GCGGGAAACUUGAAAAUUUUAUCGGCAGAGAACCCCGCUACUCUAAUCCAGUGUUCGCGUCCAGUUUUGGAACUCGGGCCUCGAAGGGGCCGCAAGCUCCGCAGAAGAUGGCGAACAAACUCGUAGCUCAUAUGGGUCUCCCCCAAUCCAUCGCCAAUCUCUUCGCAGCACGCAACAUCCAAACUGCAAAGGAUGCUCUGUCCUUACCUGAAUUCGACUUGAUGACUCUUCUUGGCGUUGAUAUCAAGGAUGUUAGGGACGCUGUCGCGCGCAUCUGCGAGGCGCUUUCGCUUUUAGAGGAGCAACUGAUGGUUGAUACAUCUCGCGGUCAUCUUAAUACGUUACUGACGGGGCUUGAUGCUGCGUUGGGCGGGGGAAUCCCCUUUGGUGUUCUCACGGAAUUGGUUGGUCCCUCGGGGAUUGGUAAAACUCAGACAAACAUUCCACAAUCAACACUGUUGGUUUGUACGGGAACACCUCUAAGCAGUGAAAUUUUUGAUUUCUCGGGUUUAGCCCUGAAAGAAGCUUCGACAUCAAAGCCAAAACGUUUGAUCUACGCAGUUAGAUAG